AAGAAGGAGCGGUGGAGAGUUUCUUUUUAAGUAUCAGGGGAAGGCAGUCGCAUAAUCGGGCGUUGUGAGUUCCUUCUGAGAGACAAUAAGUCCGUAUACAUGACUCGAAAGGUGUCUUGUGAAUCUUACACACAGCCGUAAAGGAUGAAGAUUUUGGGACGCAGUAUCGGGGCGUGCUCCACGCUGGUUUUACUUGCUCUGGCCGCCCUUUUUACCAGCGCAGCUCAGGGUCAAGUUUCAUCUCCACGGAGGCUACGUUUUAAAGUGCUGAAUUCAGGCAAAUUACAGGUGUCAUGGAAAGAGCCAAAAGGAGAUUUUGAAAGCUAUAGAUUUAUUUAUAGCUCUGAGCCAGGUGGGAAAGAAAAUGAGCUGCAGAUAUCAAAAAGGGAAAAUAAAGCAGAAAUAGACUUCAAUCCUAGGAAGGAGUACAGCGUUAAGGUUAUCACUGUUAGUGGAACCCAGAAGAGUAAACCACUGCAAGGCAAAUACACAGCCCAGGACUCUGUGCCUGAUGAUGGAAGCGCACCGCUUGAGAAGCUGAAAGACACCAGUGCAACUGUGGACACCAAUGAGAUAUCAGAAGAGGAUCAGUUUGUUUGCAAGACCCCGGCAAUAGCGGACAUCGUGAUCCUGGUGGACGGCUCCUGGAGCAUUGGCAGGAUAAACUUCCGUCUGGUGCGCAUGUUCCUGGAGAACCUGGUGAGCGCCUUCACCGUGGGCUUCGACAAGACCCGGAUAGGACUGGCCCAGUACAGCGGUGACCCCAGGAUUGAGUGGCAUCUGAACGCCUACACCACCAAAGAUGCCGUGAUCGACGCAGUGAAAAAUCUGCCAUACAAAGGGGGCAACACGCUGACAGGUCUUGCGUUGACAUACAUUCUGGAGAACAGCUUCAAGCCUGAGUCUGGCGCCAGACCAGGCGUUCCCAAAAUUGGGAUCCUGAUAACAGAUGGCAAGUCCCAGGAUGACGUCAUCCCUCCUGCUCAAAGCCUUCGGGAGGAAGGCAUUGAGCUGUUUGCCAUCGGCGUAAAGAAUGCAGAUGAGAACGAGCUGAGGGCCAUCGCCUCGCCGCCGGACGACACGCACGUCUACAACGUGGCCGACUUCACCGUCAUGAGCACCAUCGUUGAGAGCCUGACCAGGACGCUGUGCGAGCGCGUGGAGCAGCAGGACAAGGAGAUCAAAGGAGUUACUGGGGUUCAGACGUCUGCAGGCGCUCCACAGGACCUGGUGACAUCAGAGGUGACAGCAAGGAGCUUUCGGGUGACUUGGACCCAUGCCCCCGGGGAGGUGAAGAAGUACCGUGUGGUGUACCACCCUGCCAGGGGGGGCCCGCCGGAGGAGGUGGUGGUUGACGGGCGUGAAAACACGGUGGUGCUGCAGUACCUGAACUCUCUGACGGAGUAUCAGAUAGCCGUCUUCGCCGUGUACGUCAGCACGGCCAGCGAAGCCCUCCGAGGCAGCGUGACGACCUUGGCCCUCCCCAUGGUGAACAACCUGGAGCUGUACGAGGUCUCCCACAGCACCAUGCGGGCGCGCUGGAAGGGCGUGGAGGGCGCCUCCGGGUACAUGAUCCUAUACGCCCCACUGACUGAGGCCGACGCCGCAGACGAGAAGGAGGUGAAAGUGGCGGAGUCCGUGAAUGACAUCGAGCUGGAGGGGCUGACCCCAAACACAGAGUACACUGUCACCGUGUACGCCAUGUACGGCGAAGAGGCCAGCGACCCCAUGACCAGUCAGGAGACCACACUUCCUCUGACUCCAGCCCGGAAUCUGCGGUUCUCCAACAUUGACCACAGCUCAGUCAAGCUGGCAUGGGAUGCAGCAUCCAAGAGGGUCAAAGGUUACCGCAUCAUGUAUGUAAAGACUGACGGGGACCAAACCAAUGAGGUGGAUGUGGGUCAGGUCACGACGCUGCAGCUCAGGAACCUGACAUCGCUGACAGAGUACACAGUGGCCAUCUUCGCUAUCUACGAUGAGGGCCAGGCUGAGUCCCUCACCGACAGCUUCACCACCAAGGUGGUCCCCGCCCCGCUGAACCUCAGGACCAGCGAGGUCUCCACAGACAGCUUCCGGGUCAGCUGGCAGCACUCUGCCACGGACAUAGUACUGUACAGAGUGUCCUGGACGCCCACAAGCGGGGGGGACACCAAGGAGAUGAUUGUGAAUGGCAACCUUGACACAUUCCUGUUGACUAAUUUGCGGCCUUUCACUGAGUAUGAGGUGUCCCUUUCCGCCAUCUUCAGAGAUGAAACCGAGAGUGAUGCUGUGGCUGUUUUGGAAACAACAGUGGCAAGAACAACCACCGUGGCCACCACUACAGCAGUGGUGCGUCAGGGAGUGAGGAACAUGAAGAUCAGUGAUCAGACCACCUUCAGCAUGCAGGUGUCCUGGGAGCUGCAGGACCCCAACGUGCGUCAGUACCGUGUGGCUUACAUCACCGUGAGGGGUGACCGUGCAGAGGAAGCGGUCCUGGUCCCCAGCAGACAGAGCUCCAUCCUCCUGCAGCCGCUGCUCUCAGACACGGAGUAUAAGGUCACCGUCACCCCGGUCUACGCCGACGGAGACGGUCCCAGCGUGAUCCGCAUGGGCAAAACCCUGCCCCUCUCCGCGCCCCGGAAUCUGAGGGUGUCUGAAGAGUGGUACAAUCGCUUCCGCAUCACCUGGGACACGCCUCCAUCUCCGACCAUGGGGUACAGGAUUGUCUACCAGCCCAUCUCCGCUCCGGGACCUGCUCUGGAGACCUUUGUGGGUGAGGAUGUCAACACCAUGCUGAUCCUGAACCUGCUCAGUGGGACGGAGUACAGCGUCAAAGUCAUCUCCUCCUACACCACCGGCUCCAGCGAGGCUCUGUCCGGCAAGGCUAAGACACUGUACCUGGGAGUGACCAACCUGAACGCCUACCAGGUGCGCAUGACCAGCAUGUGCGUGCAGUGGAAGCCUCACCGCCAUGCCACGCUCUACCGGGUGGUCAUUGAGUCCCUGCUCAAUGGACAAAAACAGGAAGUGAAGUUGGGGGGUGCGGCCUCCAGGCACUGCUUCUACGACCUAACUCCCAACACCCAGUACAAGAUCAGCAUCUACGCCCAGCUCCAGGACACCGAGGGGCCAGCGGUCAUCGUCAUGGAAAAGACCUUCCCUGUUCCAACUGAGCCUCCGACGAAACCUCCCACCACGACCCCCCUGCCUACCAUCCCUCAGGCCAGAGAAGUCUGCAAAGCAGCCAAGGCCGACCUGGUCUUCUUAGUGGACGGGUCCUGGAGCAUCGGUGACGACAAUUUCCAGAAAAUCAUCGGCUUCCUGUACAGCACGACAGGUGCUCUGGACCAGAUCGGCCCAGAUGGAACACAGGUUGCCAUCGCUCAGUUCAGCGAUGACGCCAGAACAGAGUUCAAACUCAACUCGUACAGUGACAAGGAGACACUGCUGGACGCCAUUCAGCGCAUCCAGUACAAAGGAGGAAACACCAAGACAGGACGAGCCAUCAAACACGUGAAGGAUGCCAUCUUCACUGUGGAGGGGGGCAUAAGGAGAGGCAUCCCCAAAGUGCUGGUGGUGCUUACGGACGGGCGGUCCCAGGACGACGUCAACAAGGUUUCCAAGGAGAUGCAGAUGGAAGGUUACAUCGUUUUCGCCAUCGGGUUCGCCGACGCCGACUAUGGGGAGCUGGUGAGCAUCGCCAGCAGGCCCAGCGAGAGGCACGUCUUCUUCGUGGAUGAUCUGGACGCUUUCAGGAAGAUCGAGGAGCAGCUGGUGACCUUCGUCUGCGAGGCAGCCUCAGCUACCUGUCCUUCUGUCCAGAUGAGAGGCAGCACCUUGGCAGGAUUCCGGAUGAUGGAGAUGUUUGGACUGGUCCAGGACCAGUAUGCAGGUGUUGAGGGAGUGUCUAUGGAGCCUGGGACAUUCAACAGCUUCCCUUGCUACAGGCUGCACAAGGAUGCCCUCAUCUCCCAGCCCACAAAGUUCCUGCACCCUGAAGGCCUCCCCUCUGAUUACACCAUCACCGUGCUGUUCCGCCUGCUGCCUGAGACUCCCCAGGAGCCCUUUGCAUUGUGGGAGAUCGUGAACAAAGACAACGAGCCCCUGGUGGGCCUCAUCUUGGACAACAAUGGCAAAACCCUCACAUUCUUCAACUAUGACUACAAAUCGGAGUUCCAGACGGUGACAUUCGAGGGCCCAGACAUCAAAAAGCUCUUCUAUGGAAGUUUCCACAAGCUCCACAUGGCCAUCAGCAAGACCACAGCCAAGGCAUACAUUGACUGCAAGCUAGUGGGAGAGAAGCCAGUCAAUGCAGCGGGGAACAUCACCACAGAUGGUGUGGAGGUGCUGGGCAGGAUGGUUCGCUCCCGGGGGAAAAGGGACAACUCUGCACCGUUUCAGCUCCAGAUGUUUGACAUUGUCUGCAGUACUUCGUGGGCCAGCCGGGACAACUGCUGUGAGCUGCCAGGCCUGCGAGUGGAGGCUGACUGUCCCGCUAUGCCCAAAGCCUGCACCUGCACUCAGGACAGCAAAGGCCCUCCUGGACCCUCAGGACCCCCUGGCGGUCCAGGAAUCAGAGGAGCGAGAGGGGAACGAGGGGAACCAGGCCAAGUGGGUCCUCAGGGUCCGGUCGGAGACAUUGGUGCACCCGGACCCCAGGGGCCACCUGGACCUCAGGGGCCCAGUGGACUGUCCAUUCAGGGACCGCCGGGAGCAACAGGGGAGAAAGGAGAGAAAGGUGAAAUAGGCCCUCAAGGACUGCAGGGUGUCCCUGGACCCUCUGGGGCACCAGGACGGGACGGGCCAUCAGGGCCGAGGGGACUGCCAGGCAAGGAUGGACCCCAGGGACGGCAGGGUCCCACGGGAACCAUUGGCGCCCCUGGAGCUCCAGGAUCGCCUGGUUUGACUGGACCCCCAGGGUCAGCGGGCGAUCUGGGUCCACCUGGUCCUCCCGGUACUAAAGGCGAAAAGGGUGAACGGGGUGACUUGCAGUCCCAAGCUUCCGUCCAAGCAAUUGCCCGGCAAGUCUGUGAACAGCUCAUUCAGAGUCACAUGUCUCGCUACAACUCCAUCCUCAACCACAUCCCCAUUCAGCCAUCCUCUGUGCGCACUGUGCCUGGGCCUCCAGGGGAGCCCGGGCGGCAGGGGCCCCCGGGGCCUCAGGGUGAGCAGGGCCCUCCGGGCAGGCCAGGGUUCCCGGGGAACAACGGAGAGAACGGUCAGCCAGGAGAGAGAGGGUUCCCAGGAGAGAAGGGAGAGAAGGGGAGCCCAGGUGUGGGCAUCCAGGGCCCCAGAGGGCCCUCAGGGCCUCCAGGGCCACCGGGUGAGGGGCGAACAGGCAGCCAGGGGCCACCAGGCAGACCGGGCAACCCUGGAACGGCGGGACGACCAGGCAUUCCCGGCCCCACCGGUCCUGCUGGCCCGCCCGGAUAUUGCGACCAGAACUCCUGCUUCAACGGUGGAAAUGGUGGUGGCCCAACUGACAGCGAUGUUCCCUUAGUACAAUUGCCUCCCAACACCUACCAACCGUACGGCCCCACCGGCAACGAGGACGAAGACGAAGACCCUUAUGAUCCGUACAGAGUGUACCCAUCCGAAUACUACCAGCCCAACUACCCCGCCCCCCGCCCGGUCCAGCCUGACCCCUCCCCCUUUGAGGACCCCAUUGAAGUAAGGUCGCCGGGAAUCCAGCGUAUAACCAGAAGCCUGUUUGAAAAGGACAGCGGCCCCACCAACAAGAGGGAGGGACGACUGAAGAGACUCUCCCGCAAGUCAGGGACGCUCAGUUGAAGAACUCAAGCAAGACUGCAGAACAAAAUAGAACAGGAUUCAUGACUACAUCAGCUCCUGGAGGAACCAAC